AUGUAUUAUCUACAAUCGACUGAUCCUAAUAACUACGGGACAAUACAGUUUCAAGCAGAUCCUAACAUGGGGCAUCCAAGUAAGAUAAAGAUGAGAGUAAAAAGUGUCAGUACUAUGGCGAACUUUAUUGUUUGUGACGAAACAGAUUAUUUUGUCUUACAGUUAGACGAAGAUGGAGAAGAAAAGGUGUGUACAUUUAAGUCAGCUCUUUCAUUUGAUAUGGAUACUAUUGUAUCAAAACUACAAGAGAUUGUAACAAAACAGUUUGAUUAUUAUAACAAGAAAAAAGGUCAACAUAAUGUAACAGUUUCACUGAGUGCUACGAAUCAACUUAUAUUUACGUCACAGGACAAAGGACAUAAAGUCUAUUUAAAAGAUGCUUCACAUAGAGCAAAUCUUAUUUUAGGUGCAUAUGGAAUAGAACUACCUAUUGUACAUAAUUAUUAUCUACAAAUGCCAAAACCACCUAUGCUCAACUUCGGGUAUCAGUUAUACCUUCGUUCAUCAAUGUCUGUCAUCUCUGGGUUCAAUAA